UUGGCUGAUACGUCUUAACCAAUCAUGUUGCUUUAUAUACAUAGGCAGACCUGUGACAUUCACUGUUCUCAUGUCUGUGUCAACCCUAUAGCUAUCUAAAAAUGAACAUUAUACGGUCAUCUGUUUCUCGACUGCGUGGGAUAACCAAUGUCGCCAGCAUCCCUGCAGGGAGCCUUGCAGUACCUGCCAACUCUCACCUUCGACUGUUCAGCAGCUGUAUUGUUCCCACAGCAGCUGCAAGACCCAAUGUUUCCAGAUGUGGGCUGCUCUCUUCACAAGCUGAGGGUUCAGGAGUGUUCCAACAGCUUCCGUGGCAAUACCAGCAGAUUCGGACAAAGAAGAGGGGUACAGAGUAUCAGCCCAAGAACAUCAAACGCAAGAGGACCCACGGCUGGAUCAAGAGAAUCAGCACACAAAGCGGCAUCGAGGUGAUUCUGAGGCGCAUGUUGAAGGGACGGAAAUCACUCACACACUGAAGGACCUUGGUGGAAAACCUGCGAGACUUUGAGAAAACAGACAUUGGUUCAGAAAAGUUGGCAUUGCUCAGGGUACUUAGCAAAGACCCUGGGUAUUGGUGAUACUGGGUGUGGGUUGGGUUUCGCUUUUUUAACACAUGGGUGGAGGGUAAAAAUGGGCCUUUAACAAAUCAUUUGCAUUUGGUAAAAAGAAGAGUUUCUUUUAUCCAUAAAGUUUUGUUUGUUACCAUUUAAUGUUAUCAAAUGUGUUUUUUUUUUCUUGUGUGAAGUUAUUGAAAGACAAAAGGAUCAUUGUCAUCUUUGUUUUCCACAAAUUAAAACACAAAUUCUUGUUUAAUAUGAAAUAAAUAAAAAAACACCCCUGAAGAAUUUAAA